GCGCCCAAUCGAGGGCAGCGCUGAGCAGAUCGAGCUAUAGGGCUUUGGAGCGCUUCGCUUUGCACAGUUGAGUGAACUGGUGAGGAACGAUACAGUACACUACAGUAGAAAAUAGUGGGGGAGACGAGAGUCAAUAACCACCUUAGACGCACACCUGCCAUCCUUAUCAAACCAUAACCUAUCGGCUGCCGUAUUAGGGAAUCUUUGAGUCGCCUGCAGCGCAGAAAGAGUACUCAUAUUUUGGGAAGAAUUUGGCUACAUACCGCGCAGGAGGAUCAUAUCAAGCAAAGGAGCAGCCGUGAGAGAAGCACGAGAUACAGAGACAUGGCUGUGACAACCUGUACACGAUUCACGGACGAAUUUCAGCUAUAUGAAGAGCUGGGAAAGGGAGCCUUUUCAGUGGUGCGCAGAUGUGUCAAGCUGUGUACUGGACAGGAAUAUGCCGCCAAAAUAAUCAACACCAAAAAGCUAUCUGCAAGAGAUCACCAGAAGCUAGAGAGAGAGGCCCGUAUUUGUCGCCUGCUCAAGCACUCCAACAUCGUUCGUCUUCAUGACAGUAUAUCAGAGGAAGGCUUCCACUAUCUCCUGUUUGACUUGGUGACUGGAGGGGAGCUGUUCGAGGACAUCGUAGCCAGAGAGUACUACAGUGAGGCUGAUGCCAGUCAUUGCAUCCAGCAGAUCCUGGAGGCGGUGCUACACUGCCAUCAAAUGGGCGUGGUGCACCGAGACCUGAAGCCAGAGAACCUGCUCCUGGCCAGCAAAUGCAAGAAUGCUGCCGUCAAGCUGGCUGACUUUGGCCUGGCCAUCGAGGUACAGGGGGAUCAGCAAGCCUGGUUUGGAUUUGCUGGCACACCGGGAUACCUGUCCCCUGAGGUUCUGAGAAAGGAGGCAUAUGGCAAACCUGUGGACAUCUGGGCCUGCGGGGUGAUUCUGUAUAUCCUGCUGGUGGGCUACCCUCCCUUCUGGGACGAGGACCAGCACAAACUGUACCAACAGAUUAAAGCCGGGGCAUACGAUUUUCCCUCCCCAGAGUGGGACACAGUCACUCCAGAGGCUAAGAACCUGAUUAACCAGAUGUUGACCAUCAACCCUGCCAAGAGGAUCACCGCCCAGGAGGCCCUCAAACACCCAUGGGUCUGCCAACGUUCUACAGUGGCAUCCAUGAUGCACAGACAGGAGACCGUGGAGUGCCUGAAGAAAUUCAACGCCAGGAGGAAACUCAAGGGGGCCGUUCUCACAGCUAUGCUGGUUUCACGGAACUUCUCUGUCGGCUGUCGCUCCACCGCUCCAAUCAGUAUCACUGCCGCUGCGGCAGCUGCAUCCGCGGCAGCGGGCUCCACCACUGGGCUGGUGGAACAAGCAGCCAAAAGUUUGCUCAACAAGAAGGCAGAUGUCAAGCCCCAGACACCACAGACAAACAGCACCAAAAACAGCAUAGUCACCAGCCCUAAAGGAAACGUCCCUACUCCUGUUCUGGAGCCUCAGACCACUGUUAUCCAUAAUCCAAUGGAUGGGACUAAGGAGUCAUCUGACAGCAGCAACACUGUGGAGGACGAAGAUGUCAAAGGGAAGAGUAUAGACAGUUCAGUAAAGACCGAGUCCCAGCCUGACACCUUUGUCCCACAGCCCCAGGUCCCCUCGCCCGCUAUGUACUCCACCAAGCUGUCAGACCUGUUUGGCGUUGUACGCAAGGCGUCAGGGCCCAUGUCUGACGGGGAAGCGGCCACCAGCACACCUCCACCCCCUCCAGUCAACCCCUCUGUCGCUGCCUCCCCACCCAUGGCUCACACCCCCAUGCAGCUGUCCCGUCUUUCAGACCUAGUGAGCAAUGUUCGCCGGUCGCCUGCCCCAGCCCCUCCCCUCGCCAAACCUGCGCCCCCCGAGGUAGAGGUGGCACCAGCCCCCAGGCCCAGCCCCCCCUCAUCACACCCCACCUCCCCUCCUCCCUCCAUGUCCCCCUCCAGCCUCUCCCUCACCUCUCAGACACGCAAACAAGAGAUCAUCAAGAUCACUGAACAGCUGAUCGAGGCUGUCAACAAUGGAGACUUCGAGGCAUACGCUAAGAUCUGUGAUCCUGGUCUGACCUCCUUUGAACCUGAGGCCCUGGGCAACCUGGUGGAGGGAAUGGACUUCCACAGAUUCUACUUUGAGAACCUCCUGUCUAAGAACAGUAAGCCUAUACACACCACAAUCCUGAAUCCCCACGUCCACCUGAUUGGAGAGGACGCUGCCUGCAUCGCCUACAUCCGCCUCACUCAAUUCGUUGAUGGCCAGGGCCAUCCGCGCUCCAGCCAAUCAGAGGAGACUAGGGUAUGGCACCGCCGGGACUCCAAGUGGCAGAACGUUCACUUCCACUGCUCGGGUGCGCCUGCCGCGCCACUCCAGUGAGGAGUAGAAUGUCAUAGCCACAUCUAACACGAGUGCUCUGCUGGAGAGAGAGAGGGAGAGGGAGAUCAAGUCCAGUGUCGGGUGGCUCUGAGUCCGCAGCGACAGACGCCUCCCACACUAGUUACCUAGCAUGCAUCUCUUUUUUACGACUGCCUGUCGCCACCCGCCACUGUACCCACUAACAACCAUCUCAACAACCAACCAACCAUCCGACAACAAUCUAUUGUUUUUCCAACAACAACCCCCUUCUCCCCCUCAAGCCAAAACUUUGGACAGUUCACGUUUUGCCCCUUUUCUCCAACCCCAACUCCUCCAACACAACCACUGGCUAAUAUUGGGCUGUGGGUAGGGAGUGUUUCAAGGGGUAUGAUGGGGGGUGUUGGGGUGUUUUCUUGGCCGCAUUGUGCAUUUGAUUCUUUGUCUUAUGUCACAUGAUGUUCCCUCUUCUUCCUCUUGUGAAUCUUCACUUGUGUUGGGUAACACUACACAGGAAAUACAGUAUGUAAAGUUUUAAGUCAAAUCUAUUAUUAUUAUGAUUAUUACUAUUACACAAUUGAAAUUGUAUAUGUAAUUUGUAUAAUUCAAAUGAUUGAUGCCAGUGGUUUCUAGAGUUGAAGGAAAUCUUUAGUUUUCUCUAUCUUUUUAAGGAAGCAUGUUGUUUUUCAAUAUUCACAGUGGCUGUUUUCUAUUGUGGCUUUUAAGUGACAAAAUGGUAUUGGCAGUUUUUGUAUAAGCUCCUUGCAUUUAAUCUAUUCUAUUAUACUAGACCAAAGCUCAUGUUUAAGAAAAACAACGUUGGGGAGGAGGGGGGUGUUUGACGUGGUGUGGAGGAAGCGAGUGUGUGAAUGUUAGAAGUGUGUGCGUGUGUGUUUCUGUGCGUACGUGUGUGUGUGUGUGUGUGUGUGUGUGUGUGUGUGUGUGUGUGUGUGUGUGUGUGUGUGUGUGUGUGUGUGUGUGUGUGUGUGUGUGUGUGUGUGUGUGUGUGGAACCAAGUACAUGGGAUUAUUAGUCCACAGGUGGCCGGUUUGAUCAACUGGUUUGAAUUUUCAGCUUUGUAAUGUGAAUAGCUGGAAAUGGGGUUGGCUUGGUUUGGUGUCUUCCGUCGUCUGGUCACAAUCAACUGUACGAAAUGAGAUUCAACAGUAACAGAAGCUUUUAUUGUAUUUCACAUGAAUCAUGUUUUUGCCUUUGUUGUGUUUAUUAUUAUUAUUAACAUAUCUCAGAGGAUAAACCUACCGGUUCUCUCUUACUCUCUGGUGUUGGCCGUUGGUGUGUGGGAAGGCUCUGUGAUCCCCAGUGCUCCCGGUGGUUCGAUUAGAUAUUGCAGUACACUGCACUGCACCUCCUGCACUGCACUGCACACACUGCAAAUGAGGCCUCUAUAGAAUUUUACAGCCGCUAUAGAACAAGUGAAUAAACAAUAACACAUCAGUAUUAUGCUAUAGUGUCCAUACAUAUCAGCUUCACUACUUAUUAUUCAACAUCUUAAAACAGUUUUGCAGUCUCUUUUAAACAGUACCAGUACCUAUAACACCUCUCACAUCUCAUCUUUCUGUACAGGGAUAUUUUAUAGAACCUUUGGUGAGGAGAGAUGAAGCCUUUACACACUUAAAUCCAUACUGCGUCGCAAGGUGCAACUGUCCAUUCUCUCACACGUCAACCUUGAGCCAGUUGCACUCUGAACCUAUAUAAAAUCUGGAAACUGCAUCGCUACUGAGGUCGUGCAUUGCAUAGAGCCGUGCCUAGGGCUCCAUGCCUGUUUAAUAUGUUUAGUGGGGUUUAAUGGAGAGCUAACAGGCAAGGCUGUUGGUUUGGAGAGAUGUGGGCCUGUGCAGUCUGCAGGUAGCAGGUGUUUUUAGUGGUGAGGUCAAGUACAUGUGUGGGUGUUUACUUUGCAUACACCUUGUCCCUCUGUCCUGUGGUCUCUAGUUGUUGCUGCUCAUUUUAGAGUGGAGAAAUGUGACUGAGGUCUCAGGGUAUCCAGAAGACAGUGUGUAAAAGGGGAUAGCUCCUGUGUUGGUUUUCCACAUGAUGGAGAUUUUAGAGGAGAGAGAGGCUUUAUUUCAGCGGUCCUAUCAGUCCUCUGCCUUCAGUCCACGACUUACAGUUGUUAUGAUUUUUAUGUAUAUUAUUAUAUUUUCACAUUUGUAAUAUCAUCUUCAUUGACUUGUGUUACUAUUGCAUGUUAUUGACUAGUGUUACUACUCAUUGUGUUUGUGCCAGCGAGAGAUGGACAGGUGGAUUUACAUGUUAUAGGAAGAGAUGGCUUCACACACCCAUGUAUAUGUAUAUGAAGAAAAAUCAGCUCUGGAGUGUUUGGUAAUGUUGCAGGCCGACUAUAUCACAGUCGUUGCAUUUCAUCAACAGAUGGUUUGCGUGUCACAUCGUGGACUGUGCAGUCGGGUAUCCGAUUACUAUAAUAUAUUAUAGGAUGGGGUUAGCUGAUAUGUUAAAUGCCUAUCCAGACGCUGUGAGAUCUGUCAGGUGUCUGCAACAUAUAGCCAGCCAGGAAGUUGAUCGAAGUUUCACAUUUUGGAUCUAAGUGAGUGUUUUUUUUUUGCCGUCCUACCACCAUAGUUGCUAUGCCUGCCUGUGAUUGGCUGCCUUUGGAAGUGUCUCAUCACUAUUGGCCCGACAAUUUUGACCAUCUCAAUGGAUAGUGAGGCGGUCAGCCGGUUGGUUAGUCCUCAGGUUUAUAUUUAUUUUAUUAUUUAUUUAUUUAUUUUAUUGGUCAGUUAUGUGCUUUUUCUUCAAUGUUUUAUUUAGUUUUCCCCUCGAUAUACAGCUCACGUAAAUGUUAAAUUACUCUCUGUUGCAUUGUGAUUUGGGGCGUCAGGUAGCCUAAUGGUUAGAGCAUUGGGCCAGUAACCGAAAGGUUGCUGGAUUGAAUCCCCGAGCUGACAAGGUAAAAAUCUGUCGUUCUGCCCCUGAACAAGGCAGUUAACCCACUGUUCCCCGGUAGGCCGUCAUUGUAAAUAAGAAUUUGAUCUUAACUGACUUGCCUAAAUAAAGGUUGAAUUAAAAAAAAUGUAAAGGGAGGUCCUCUUCUAAUGUCCCUUGAAGUGUUCCUGAGUGAUCGAGCUAACCAAACAUGUGAACCGACCUCUUCCCCCUCUCCAAAAAAAUAAGAAAUAUCAGCAUGUACAAAGCAGCAUGUAUUAACUAGCAUCUUAGCUGGCAUUUCUUUGCAUGAUAGUCAACAGGACACUAGUUUUGGUGUUAACCCUGAUUUGUCUCUUAAUUUUUCAUUUUCUACUGAAUGCUGGUAUACUAAACCUUUCUCAAUCUAUUUUCUGAGCUUUUUAAGUGCAUAAAACUAUUUUUGUCUCGAGACGACAUAACAAAGAUAGAUGAGAGGCUGACUUUGAUAUUGAUGAUUAUGACAAGGAUGAUGAUGAUGAACAUGUAAUGAUGAUUCUAUAGCAUGCUUUUAUAUGGAGCUCAAUGUUGUCAAUCCAGAGUGGUUUACUUUUAUACAUACAGUAGAGAGAGGAUCACCUCGAAACCAUAAGCAUUUCCAGUGACUCCUGCUCAACUGAACUUGCAUGUGGACUUGGGGGGAAAUCCUAUCUUCCACUUAAGUACAUUUUUAACAGAGUAUUGCAUUGAUGUCACUGGUACUGUAGACUAAGUGGACAUUUUACUUACAGGGAAUGCAUCAUCUCAAACAGCAACAAUCAAAGAUAGUAGAAAAUGGAGUAGGCCUAGACGGGCUCAAAGAUGCCCUCUGGUGGUUAAAAUGAUCAUUAAUGGCAUGCACUGCGAUGCACUGAAUCCUAGCCACAGCAUACUGCACAACAGUAUGACACAACUUUUAAAUGAGGAACCACUGUAAAUGGAAGUUAGGAUUCAGCCCUUUGAGAGGAACAGCACUUAAUAAUGACUUACUCAAAAAGGAUACAUAAAGCACACCUGCAGUUCCUCUGUAACCCCAUUAGAGAGCACUCUUACAUGUAAUUAAGCACAACUAGCUGAUAGGGGGGCAGAUUUGUCUGAGAUUGUAAAGGCUGUGGAUGCUGAAGUAACUUUCCAAAAAGCAAACUUUUAAGCAAUCAGUUCCAAUAGACUUUAGAGGGAAGAACCCACUGGACUAUGUUUCGUUUAGUUAAUUUUGGAAACAUUUUAAACAAUAGGAAUACAAAGUGCAUCCAUCCAGUGACUAGACCACCUGUACUGACAACACUGAGCUAGUAUCUCUCUGUAGUAUUUAUUUAACUCUUUUCCUAGUCCCUCUGUUUAAAAAACUUUAUUCAAUAAUUUCUCUGCAGUUGGGUCUUAGUUUUGUUUUUGUCCGUUUGGGUUUCUUCUGUAGAAUAUAUUUAACCUAUAUUUCUCUGAUUCUUCUGAUUAUUGUGCUACCCCAAUGUGCUACAUGUGUUUCUCAAACUUAAGGAAAUGUGUUAAGGUGUUAUCAAUAAAAUGACAAUUUAAAUAAAAAUAAGUUAAUGAUUA